AUGUCACAUAUCUACUUGAAAGAAUUACAAAAAAGUCGUUCAACAUAUGUUUUAACUGAAAAUUACAAAGUGAAAAAUCAUAUGAAAGAAACAAGAUUGAAUAUUUUUAUUUUAUUAAGAAACCAUAAUGAUCUUGAUAAUUUAACGGUAAAUAUUAAUGAAGUUUGUGGUCUUGGAUGUAAAUUUACAGUAUUAUUAAUUGAUAAUUUUGGAAAUGAGGAAUUAUUCAUUGAAGAAUCUAAUAUCUUAAUUCAAUUGCUGUGGAUUAAAAAAAUAGCAAAUGUUGUUAUAAUUGGUUUUGUUAACGAUCAUUAUCUAGCAAUGGAGAGUAAAAAAUUUAAACCAAAUAUAUUACGUGAACCAAUGGACCCAGUGAUUGUUGGUAAAUGUCAUAAUAAAAAAUGGAUAAUGAAUGGUACUUUAUUUGAACCAAUGAAAAUGAAUAAUUGUUCUGUAAAUAUUGGCUAUUUGAUUAAUGAACCGUAUAUGCAUGCUGUUGAAAAAAAUAAUAGUUUUGAAUAUAAUGGUGUUGAUUUAGCAAUAUUACAAGUUAUCGCAAAUCAUCUUAAUUUUACAAUUAAUUUAUCAGAAAUGGAAGGAAGUAAAAAUGUCAUGAAAACUCAGAAAAUAGCUAAUUCAUUACACAGCAAUAGAUCUUAUGAUCUUAUUAUUGGUGGUAUGGUUUGGCAACCAAAAGAUGAUAUUGAUUACACAAUUGCUUAUGAAGUUGUUCAAAUUGUUUGGCUUGUACCAGUCCAACCUGAAGUUACAUCAUUCAUGGCAUUAAUUUCACCUCUUGAAAUGACGGUUUGGUUUGCAAUAAUUGUUGUUUUUUUAUUUGCAAUAAUUAUCAGAUUUACAUUAUUUUAUAAAAUAUCAUUUUUAGAAAUAUUUGCUAUUAUUCUUGGUGUUGGAUGGAAUAGACAACCAAUUGGAUUUUAUUACAGAACAAUGUUUAUAUCUUGGAUAAUAUUUGGUUUUAUAUUAACACAAUUUUAUUUAGCAUCAUUACCAGGACGAUUAUUAGAAGAUCCUGAAGAAGAAAUUGAUACAAUAAAUGAUUUAUUAGAUUCAGGAAUACCACUUGGUGGUUCAAAACUUGCAAAAUUGUUUUUCGUUGGAAAUAGAACUAUCAACAGUAGUUCAACUUCAAGUGGACUUAUUGAUAAAAUUUUCAAAAAAUUUAUUGUAUUUGAACGUAUUGAUUAUGAAAAAAAAGUUCAAGAUUUAAUUAGUGGUAAAAAUAGCACAAUUGCAUUGUUAGUAAUAACAAAUUCUUCAACAGUCAAUCCAAAUUUCGAUUCACGUGUUUUACAUAUUUUACCAGAAGCUUUGACAACUUUUCCACUUGGUUUUCCAGUAUGGCGCAAUUUACCAUAUCUAAAUGACAUUGAUAUUAUUAUACAAAGACUUUUGAAAAGUGGAAUUAUCUCACAUUUUUUUAAUCUUGCAACAAAAAAACAUUCUUUUGAAGAUGUUGAAGAUAACAUAUACAUCGAUCUGCAAGAUCUUAUUCCAGGUUUUUUAAUACUUGGUGUUGGUUGUACUAUUGGUUUAAUAACUUUAAUAUUUGAAAUUAUAAUUUUUCGAAUAAAACAAAGAGACAUCACGUAG